AGAGUUUAAGAAUAGGCUGUGAAAUUGACCGCAGUAAAUUGACAAGGAUAGGUCAGAAAAAGCUCUUGUCUCUUUUUGUGUUGAUGUCACGUGUAAAACCAUAGGCGGAAGUGACACUCGACAUCUUGACGCGGAAGAGAUUCCGAAGAAUUGAAGAACUGUCACUAAAAUGACAACAAAACACUAACCAGAGCUAAUAACGUCGUAUUAUAGCUAUUGCACGUUUUUUUUACUGAGACGAGUGAAAUUCUACGGUGGGUUAUUUUUACCAUCGUACGUAACCAGCACCCAUGGCUAAUAACAAUUUACAGAAAGCAAUAGAUCUUGCAAGCAAGGCUGCAGAAGAGGAUAAGGCUAAAAACUACGAGGAAGCUCUCCGGUUGUACCAGCAUUCCAUUCAAUACUUCCUUCAUGUUGUUAAAUAUGAGGCCCAGGGAGACAAGGCCAAGCAGAGCAUCAGGGCAAAGUGUGCAGAGUACCUGGACCGAGCAGAGAAGCUGAAGGAAUACUUGAAGAAGAAGGAUAAGGCCCCUCCAGCCAAGCCUGUCAAGGAGUCCGGCUCUGAUGACAAAGGGAAUGACAGUGAUGAAGGUGAAGGUGACCCAGAGAAAAAGAAGUUUAAAAAUCAACUCUCAGGGGCCAUCGUCAUGGAAAAGCCAAACAUCAAGUGGAAUGAUGUAGCUGGGCUUGAGGGUGCAAAGGAGGCCCUUAAAGAAGCUGUCAUCUUGCCCAUCAAAUUCCCUCACCUCUUCACCGGAAAGCGAACUCCAUGGAGAGGGAUCCUGCUGUUUGGCCCUCCUGGUACAGGGAAGUCUUAUCUGGCCAAGGCUGUGGCCACAGAAGCCAACAACUCUACCUUCUUCUCUAUCUCCUCCUCUGACCUGGUGUCCAAGUGGCUGGGGGAGAGUGAAAAGUUGGUGAAGAACCUGUUCAGCCUGGCCAGGGAGAACAGGCCCUCCAUCAUCUUCAUCGACGAGAUAGACUCUCUGUGUGGCUCCAGGAGUGAGAAUGAGAGUGAAGCAGCCCGCCGCAUCAAGACUGAGUUCCUGGUCCAGAUGCAGGGUGUUGGAAAUGACAAUGAGGGAGUCCUGGUUCUAGGAGCCACAAACAUCCCCUGGACACUGGACUCUGCUAUUAGGAGAAGGUUUGAGAAGCGGAUCUAUAUCCCUCUGCCUGAGGGGCAAGCCCGCUCCUUCAUGUUCAAGCUGCAUCUGGGCUCCACCCCCAAUGAGCUCACUGAAUCAGACUAUGUGACCCUGGGUAAGAAGACGGAAGGCUACUCUGGAGCAGACAUCAGCGUCAUCGUAAGGGACGCCCUCAUGCAGCCAGUCAGGAAGGUGCAGUCGGCCACUCACUUCAAACGGGUCCAAGGGUCAUCAUGGAACCAUCCCAACCUCGUGGUAGACGAUCUCCUGACCCCAUGCUCACCAGGAGAUCCAGACGCCAUAGAGAUGACCUGGAUGGAUGUUAAUGGCGAGAAACUCAUGGAGCCCAUUGUUUGCAUGGCUGAUAUGCUGAGGUCACUGCACAACACCAAGCCAACUGUGAACGAGCAGGACUUGGACAAACUCAAGAAGUUCACAGAGGACUUUGGUCAGGAAGGCUAAUACUCAACCAAAUAAUGCGAACACAACUUUCCUUUCUCAUAUCCUUUUUCUUCACUGGUUCUCAGGCCUGCAUUUGCUACUCUACUUUCUCUCCACAAGUAGCAAAGGGGCUUCAUGUUUCAUGUAUGUUCAUUUGUUGACUUACUUUGUUAGUUGCCAAUACAUACCCAUAAUAGUGUACCCAUAGUAUGCAACUUUUCUUUUUACAAAGAUAGAUUGGUUGAAGAUGGUGAUGGUCUCAAAUAAUAUGGAUUCAUGAAAAGUAUUUAUAAUAUAUGCUUUAAAACACUAAAGUGUCUGUUUUGGCCUUGAUGGCAUCAAACAAGCAAUGCAUGCAAUUGUGCAUUACAAUAACUCCUCCAAAAGUCCUUUACUGCUUGAAGUGCAUCUAUGGUUUGACAAGAUAGAUGAGGAUUGCCUGUUUUGUUGUACUGUAAUGUGUUUGGACAUUGUUUACCAAUGUUUUUUUUUCUUCGUUUUAUUCAUUUUUCUUACCAAGAAGGGCUACAUCUGUAAUUUUGACUCUGCGUUGAUGGAGCAGCACUCAUUGAAGAGGACCAUAUCAUGAUUAACUACCAGCAACUUUAAUGAUUACAAUUUUCUUUCAUCAGUUUUUAUGUAGAGUAUUUUCAUAUUGUUUUUCUGUAUGCUGUUUUUGAAAGAAGAUGUUAGACUGAGUGCCUUGCUGGUCAAAAGAAAGUAAAAGUACUUUGGAAUCGGUUAGUUGGGGUAUGUUAUAGUGUAAUAAAAUCCAAUGAUUAUUGAUCUUCAAGGGAAAUCAGUAAUAGAGUGAGCAAUAAUCCUUUGUAAAGUGUUUUUGACCCCUUAAAUUGUACUUCCCACAUCUUUGCAGACUUCAAAUGUUUUGUACAAGUUGUGCCUUGAAGAAGAAUCAAUGUGCAGUGCAUUCGGAAAGUAUUCAGACCCCUUGAUUUUGUUAGCCUUAUUCUAAAAUUGAUCAAAA